GUCAAAAUGAACUGUUUAUUGAAAAUUCAUAUAUUUUUAUUACUCUUAAUCAUUUGUCUGUAAGUAAUAGAUGCCUUCACAGGAAGUGCACAGGAAGUAAUAGAAAGUAGAAAUGUUUAUCAAUCUUCAUGCUUUUUAAAGACGUAUGAUUCACUCUUUCUGGGUAAGAGUGAUGCUGAAUGGUCUUUGGGUCAAAACAUCACAUUCCAGAGCUAUGAGCUUGUAUGACGUAGAUCAUUAUGGUCAAGGCUUAGCAUCUGUGAAUGGAGAGUGAUAACUGCAUAAAAGGGAGAAAGGAUUUUACUCCAAGUCACUCCUGCACUGCACCCCAUUCAUGGGGCAGGCAGAGAGGCUUCUUCAUUUUCGGGUCAGAAUUAUAGGUAAGAUAUUAUUUUGUCAAUUCUGUUAGUUUUGAACAAUAGUUUAUAAAGUUGGUUAACAACGUAUUUUAUAUUGUUUUGAAUAAGAGGUUAGGUUAUAUUAAAGUGCUAUCUUUGCUAGCAUAGCAUGUUAUUUGUCUUAUUCUAAAGGGUUUUGUGAAUUAAAUAAUUAAUUAGUUGUGCAUCUGUCUUUGUCACUUCAGAUGAUUUUUUGUGAUAUUUUAUAUUAAUUACUUGUACUUGUAUACUUGAUUGUAGUAUGUAGUUAUAAACAUAAAAUGUGUUCGGUUCUAAUCGUAAAGUAAAACGAUUUAGUAAAAUGAUCUUUAGAGUUGAAGAUUUUGGUUAUUGAAUUGUUAAUUCAAUGUUUCAGUUUUGUGUUUUCAGAGUAAAGGGUCACAAUAAUUGAUUACUAUGUGUAAUAAUUGUUACUUUCCUUUUAAAGGUAUUUGACAUGACAUUCGUGUAGCGGGUGAGGCUAUCACGAGAGGAAAUAUGGUCCUCUAGGCCAGAUUGCCAGGGUGAGUGGUUAUCAUUUAUAAACCACUGUAUUUCAAUGCUAAUUUGUUGGCAUAUUUUAAUUGUUGGUUGGUAAAUUUCACUUAAUGGAUGUAUUUCAUUUAUUUGUUAGAAGAGUUAUCCAUAACGAUGGAGGAACUGAAUUUGUGAUUAGAUGAGUUGAAUUCAGGCAAUAUUGAAUAAGUUUUAAUGAAUGGAUAUAGACAACAUGUUUAUCAUUUAUUAUUACGAGUCUACUUGACAUCAUAUUGAUGAAUGUUUUAGAGUCACAAGCAAAUAUGUGUAUAUUUCUAUUUUGUGCGUUUUUCAAACAUAUAUCAUCAUUCUAGUUAAUUGUUUUAUUCUCAUUGGUUUUUGCAGGUUUUUUUAUUUCUUUAUCUUUUGUUCCUGUACUUGGAAAUUUUGGAAUUUUGUAUAUAACGACUCGAUAUUAAACGAACCGAAACACAAGGAAUGGUGUCGUGUGUCAUCUUUCUACAUCAGUUUCCGCGUGUUACACACUGAUAUGACGCCUUAUCAAAGGAACAGUAGUAAUUUUCUUUAAUAUUAUAUUAUUUGUCAGUAUACAUCAUGACUAAGCAUCGAUGUUUAUCACAGUGUUUGCUAUGGAUUCUUUUUCCACCAAGCUUUGUAUAUACUUUGAGUACAAAUCAUCCGAAUGUCGUAAUUUUUUACGCUGAUGAUUUGGGCUAUGGCGAUAUUGAGCCGUACGGACAUCCAACUUCUUCUACACCAAACCUUCGGCGACUAGCAGCAGACGGAUUGGUUCUAACACAAUUUUACUCUGCUGCCGCAGUGUGCAGUCCAUCAAGAGCUGCAUUGCUGACUGGCCGAUACCAGAUGCGUUCUGGAAUUUAUCCGGGUAUCAUCAAUGUUAAAAGGCCUGGAGGUCUUCCACUAAAUGAGGUUACUAUAGCCGAAAUGUUAAAACCGGAAGGGUACAAAUCAGCAGCAAUAGGAAAGUGGCAUCUCGGACUCGGAAACAACUCGAUGUAUCUUCCACCUAGUCAUGGAUUCGAUGUCUCAUUGGGAUUGCCAGCUUCUCCUGCUCAGUGCCGUUGCUCUAUCUGCUUUUAUCCGAAUGUAACCUGUCAUUCCGCGCCAUGUCACAGCGACGAAUAUACACCUUGUGCACUAUUCAAUGGUACUAAAAUAGUUGAACAACCGGUUGAUCUGCUGACAUUAGAUGAAAAAUAUGUGGCGGAGGGUAGGCAUUUCAUCAGAGAGAAUGUCAAGUCUGAGACACCCUUUUUCCUUUACUAUGCUUCACAUCAUACACAUCAACCUCAGUAUGCAGGAAAGGAAACAUCAGGUACAUCAUUAAGGGGACGAUUCGGAGACUCACUAGCUGCUUUGGAUUGGGAGGUUGGGCAGAUCUACCAAGAACUAGAGGAAAACGGCAUCCUGGAUGAUACGUUUUUCGUCUUUUCUUCUGACAACGGACCGAGUCUUUCUUUAAACACAUUCGGAGGAAACGCAGGACCAAUGAAGUGUGGAAAGGGAACAACGUAUGAGGGUGGCAUGCGGGUACCAGCCAUCAUACAUUGGCCAGGACGAAUCACACCAGGUAGAUCGUUUGAAUUCUCCAGCACCCUUGAUAUACUUCCAACUAUUGCCUCCAUAACCAAAGCUAAGCUACCAGCUGUUACUCUGGAUGGUUAUGAUAUGUCACCAUUUCUGUUUGAUGGCAUGCACAGUGUCAGAGAAUCUUUUUUCUAUUAUCCUCCGAACGUGAACACUGAAUACAAGUCAUAUGCAGUAAGAUACAAGCAGUAUAAAGCCGUUUUUUAUACUCAAGGCUCGCGUCUCUCCAAUAGGAUGAACAAGGAUGUUGACUGUCGAGGAUCUACUCAACGCACCUAUCAUAAUCCCCCCAUGAUGUUUGAUCUUGAACAAGACCCAUCAGAAAAUUACAACCUGUCAACAAAACAUUCUCCUGAAAAAGACAUCGUCGAAAUGAUUAUACAGAUGAGAGCAGACUUUGAUGCUAGAAUGGUAUUUGCACAAUCUGAAACACGGAAGCCGAAGGAUGAUAGUUUGAUGCCGUGUUGUAAUCGAGGAUGUAUCCCUUUUCCGUCGUGCUGUCACUGCAUUGGUAAUACGUCCUGGAAAACCCCAACCCUGUUGGACUCUGAUGAAAAAGGGUUUUAAAUGUUUACGUGACAGAAUAGUAAUGGUUCGUUGUCUGGCGGACUCGCGAGCCAUCAAUGACCACACCCAAGACAGCUUUAUGAUCUGAAUCUACAAAGACAUCUUGUACUAUAACCUUCACCAUAUACCUGAAUGAGGUGAUUUCGCUUUUAUAAUACUAUUAGAUACAUGCUAGAUUAUCGCCAAGUUUAUGUGUUUCAUAGAGAAUAAUUAGAUGGAACUUCAUACAUCAUUGGUUUACUAAAUGUUUAAAAGGAAAGUCAACCCGAAAAAGUUCAUAUCGAAAGAGAGAGAGAAAUACAAGCAUAAUUCGGAAGUUCCUUCAAAAUCACCAUAGGCCUAUCAGCAUGAUCAGUGGAAUUUUCAAACUUUCCAUGCAUUUCAGCUGAUCAGCGCCUCCAAUAAAACAAAUCGUAGUCAUUCUGAUGGUUGGGAGGGGCAAAUUAGUUUUUGUAAAAAUUCGGCCUACUUUCAAGGAAUGAAGGUAGGAUAUGUAAAUAAGAAUGGUAUAACAUUUACAAUGAUUUAAAAGUAGACCUGCUGUUUUUUUGCAAAGCACUUAUUAUGCAUAAUACAAACGGGGAGGGGCUAAACUUGCAUAAAAUCGCUGUCUGUUUGUCAUUGGUUCCGCACCCCCUGCCCAACAAGGAUAAUUUGAAAAUAAGAGAGAGCCGAUGACGUCAGAGUUUUACUUUUUUCUUUUGUAUUUGUAUUCUCUUAUGACUUAUCAUAAUUGUAAUCAUGAAAAAAAGGAUCAGUCCCUAAAUAUGUGGAAUUGUCAAUGUUAUCAAUCUAUAUAAUAAGAAACCUGUCAAGAAGUUUAUCAUUAAGAAUUUUGUAAUUAAUGCAAUAAUAAAAGUACAAAACUGAUAUUGAGAAACUGUUACACUUUUGGGUCCCUAAUUUUC